GUGUCCCGAGCAGUGGGCCGGACGUCGAUGUGAGCUGCUGGACGCUAUCGGCGUCAGGGAAGACUACCACCAUCAAGCAACUAUCCUGUUUGAGCGCACUUUGAUCAUAAUCGGCAUUGUUAUUGCUCUUCUUGUCUUUAUCGUCAUUUGUAUUGCAUCUUACGUCCUUGCAAA